GCGCUUCCGUGUUUCAUGGUACCGGUAGCGGCUUGAGAGUGAGGACGGUGCAGCUGAUGAGAGCGGCUUUCUAUACUUUUUAUCACCUGUGAACUACGGUACUGUUGUGACUGUCGACACCGACUCGGUCGACACUCUCCUCCAGGGAAAACGCCCCCAUCCACUCCCGUAGAAAUGUUUCUGGAGCAUGAAUUAGGGUUUUUGCGCAGUAGGAUAAUCUUGGGACUUGCGUUGGAAUUUUAGCAUGUGGGUGCUCGAGAGAGGUGGUGCGAUUACCGAAGCAGGGGAAGGUUUGUAUUCAAUUGGAGGAUAUCGAUUUAUGGUUCGGUUGUUGGUGUGUAGGCUUGCAAUUGGGUAGGGGAUAGGUGAAAUAUCUGUUUCUACCUGGGGUUCGUGUUGUAGACGCUUAUGGGCGCUAGGGUUUGGUCGACUGGGAUUGAGGGUUUCGGGUUCCUGGGUGGGUUUGGGGCGUCUCAUGGGCGGGGUGUUGUUGUUACUCCUGGACAUGGGAUGGAAGGAUUGGUACCUUGGCAAGAAGAGGUGGAAGGAUUCUUACAGAGUGGAUGAGUGUACGCUCGGUUGGAGAGGAUACAUUUCCACGUUCUAGUCUCAUAUGUUGACCAGCCAGUCGAUCUAGUUAGUUGACUUUUCGUGUAAAACUCAAUGUACUCACUUGCCAAUUACAAUAAGCAAUGAGCGCAUGCUUAGCAUCCGGCAGUUGCCUGUCGUUGUUUGUAAGGAUAGAGUAUUAUAAACUUUUAAUUCAGGGAAUAAUUUCCAGCUGGAUUAUGGGGUAUGCAUGUUUAGGAUGUGGCCUUACGAAUGUCAUGUUCGACCCUACAUCGGAAUACCACAUUCUUUGAGGUAGUUCAAUAUAUUGGUAACUUGCGCUUUGGAUCCAUGCAAGGCAUUUUAGAGAUUCGUUGCGCUAAAUUAGCUUGUGCUAGUUGUGUACUGUAUCACCUGCCCACCUCAAGUUGUGCCAAGGAAGGUUCAAAUGGAGGACUAUGUUGUAUUUUAUCGAAGACAAUAGACAACACUGGGACGGUUGUGUAUGUGUGGAUUCUGCUGAAUCCACGUUUGAUGUGAUGGAGGACAUCACAUUAGUUUGGAGGAAUGAUCAAUCAUCAUCAGCUUGGGAAGAGAUGCUGGUGCUUGGCGUGGCUACAGGGAAGAGAGUCUAGCAAGGUCGUAAAGUUCAUAGUCCACUAUCGUUGAGAUUGAUUUUCACUCAAAUCAUGUCACAAUAAUCCUAGGGGUGGCUUAUUUGAACGAGAUAGAGCUGGAGGUCGCAUGUCAGCAUUGUUGUUACUGGAGGGACAACUCAGUGAUAAGAGGGCCGUAGGAUAUGGCGGAGAAGGACAAGAAACUGAAGGUGAUUCUUAAACUGCCAAAGAAAUCAAGCAGCCGUAGCAAGGCGGGGGUCCCUGGUGCACUAUCAUCACCCGGAGGAAUAUCUCAUAAAAUAAAUUCCUCGCCAGUCGUAGAGAGUGAGACGCCGUUGAAGCCGAGUUCUAAGUUGUCUGUUCCCAACGCUAAUGCUAAUAGUCGUGUUGCCACCCCUCCUAAGAAACGCAAGUUCAAGACUUUAGUUGAAGGGGACGCCAAGGAUGAUCUAGGAGGCGCAUGUGGUGUCUCAAGUACUACUGAAAUUCUCCCCGUCUUCAAGGCUCCCUUGCCCCCUUUCGCUAAGAAGCCUUCUCAUAAGGUAAAAAAAGAGAGGCCGAUUAAUGGCGCAAUUGAAGCUCCUUUUCCAAGUCUAGGAAAAGGACAAGGCCCCUCACCAGCGCCUGCUAAGAAGGUGCUUGAAGGUGUGUUAGACAAGCUGAAAAAAAAAGACACAUAUGGAGUAUUUUCGGAGCCUGUGGAUGCAAACUUGGUUCCAGAUUACUAUGAUGUCAUCAAAGAGCCUAUGGACUUCGGCACGAUGUACAAGAAGAUCUCAAAGGGGCUGUAUAACAUAUUAAGUCUAUUUGAGAAAGAUAUCAUGCUCAUUUGCAACAAUGCUAUGCGAUACAAUGGCCCAGAAACAGUAUACUAUAAGCAGGCACGCUCAAUACAAGAUGCUGCCCGUAAGGCAUUGGAUGUGAUAGCUAGUCAAGCUGGGUCUGCUGAAGCUGGAACCGCCAAGCCUGCUGCGCACAAAAAGCAGGCUCAUCCAUCAAAGAAAACAUGGUCCAACACAGCAGCUCCGAAGACAACAUUGGAACCUGCGAAUUCCGACUUUGCUUCUGGGGCCAGUUUAGCAGCAGAGGGAGAAGCUCAGUCAAAUAAACACGAUUUCGUCACUUCCAAAAGAGGGACACAGUCGGAUAGAUCUGGAAGUGUUGCUGGAGAGGAGCCAGGAUAUGGGGUUCAGUCACAGGCAACUGCCGCCUUUGAGCCAGACGCAGAUGUGCAAGAUGAACAAGGGGCUCAACAGAAACCAGUAGCUCUUAAGGAUGGGCGAAGGCCUUCGUCAACAGAAGAGUAUCACAGAAGCACUUACAAGCCACGGAACCUUUCUGCUCAUGGAAGAGGACCUACUUUUGCUGGUGUUGGUGGUGAAUUGCAUCACCUUGUACCAACAGGGUAUCAGUCAGAGAUGGCGUAUGCAAAGAGCUUGUCUCGAUUUUCAGCUAAACUGGGACCUGAGGGAUGGAAAUUCGCAGCUCAAAGAUUGCAGAGAGUAUUAGCACCCUCUGUACCUUUUGGGCAAGGAUGGAUAGGUGUGCAUGAAGCUCCCCCAGGCACGAUUUUCAGAAAGUUUCCUUCGGAUGUAAAAGUUACAAAUGCAACGAGGACCAAUCAAAAUUUGAGCUCCACAGCUUCACCUAACCUUCUGGGAGGUCCAUCCUCUUCUUACCCUCCAGUUACUUCUGCUUACGUGCCUAGCCCUAAAUCAUCUCGCCCAUUGACGAUAAAUCCCGCAGCCCAAACUGCAAUGGAUUCUUUGCCGACUAAGGUUACCAGUGCCAUGCUUGUAUCAGGAGCAGCAAGUCAAGGAAUAUUUCCAGGAAAGUUAACAAUGGUUGGAAUCAGUUGUUGAGAAACCUUCCCAGCCAGUUUAUCAGCUGGAGCGCAGCAGAAGUUGAAGCAUGCCGAGUACUAGUGAUGGAUUGAGUGUAUUAACAGGACGGUCUUUGUAUAUUUCCCGGACUCCUGCAAGUUAAUCUUCCGUGCCUAUCUCAAGCAUGACAAUGUUAACUUCAGAUUCAGCCAAUGGUGGAUUGUCAAGGUGGACUGGUUCAAUAUGACAAGAUGCUCCAACAUUUGUAUAUAGUGAUACAGGUUGAGCAGCUUCCAUCUUAGCAAUUAUGAACGCUGGGCAGGUUGAGGUGUGGAAGUCAAAAGCGCAAAAUCUGGGGUCUCUGCAUGCAGAUGGUCUUGCGAGUUCAAAGUUGCUGUCAAACGUUCAUUAUUCUCGAGCUCCAUGAUUCUCUUGGUGCACGCAACCACAUAUGUACGAAAGCGUUCCAUUUUAUAGUAUGUAACUUGGUGCAAUGAUUCGGGUCCCAUUAAUUAUGGACAUUAUGUUGUUCGCUACUUAGUUACAGCUCGUUUCAGAGCUUGAGCUGAGCCCAUUGAAAUCAUGUGCUUCACAAAAAAUUACAGCUGAUCAA